AUCAUCCGAUUGGCCCAGCAGCUUCCGGCUUCUUCCUCUCAGAUGAGAUUAACGAGACAGGUAGAUCAAUAACAGAAUGAGAAGGUAUUUGGAUUAGAUAGAGGGUGAAUGUCACUCUUUCGACAGUUUUGCACUUUCCUUUGAGGUUUUACAUCUUGUUCGACGUGGGGGAAAUAACUGUAAACUGUCGGCUGCCAACUAUAGUAAGAUUAUCUUUGCUCGGAGCGGAUUGCAGCCAUGAUGGCGUCAAGCUACAACGCUAAGGAAGAGGACGGACACCACUCGGGCGCCUCGAGCCACGGAGGCGCAGGGGCCGUGAAAAGUAAGAAGCCGGACAACACGGCGUUCAAGCAGCAGAGACUGCCGGCCUGGCAGCCCAUCCUGACAGCGGGAACCGUGCUGCCCGCUUUCUUCGUAAUCGGUCUCAUCUUCAUCCCCAUCGGCAUCGGCCUGUUCGUCUCAUCGAACAACAUUAAAGAGUUCGAGAUUGAUUACACUGGUAUCAGCGAGUCUAGCCCAUGCCACAGCUGUGCCAAGAACUUCAGCUGGAACAGCACAACGCCAUGUCUCUGCUCUAUGGACUUUACAUUGGAACAGCCAUUUGAGAGCAAUGUCUUCAUGUACUACGGCUUAUCCAACUUCUAUCAGAACCACAGACGCUAUGUCAAGUCCAGGGAUGACAGCCAACUGAAUGGCGACCGAUCUGCUUUGACGAGCCCCAGCAAGGAAUGUGAACCGUACCGUACAAGUGAGGGGCUGCCCAUCGCUCCAUGUGGGGCCAUAGCUAACAGCCUUUUUAAUGACACUCUGGAGCUGUAUCACAUUGAUGCCAAUGGCACCAGUAAUUCAAUCCCCCUGGUAAAGAAGGGCAUUGCUUGGUGGACAGACAAGCAUGUGAAAUUCAGGAAUCCUGGUGGAAACAGCAACCUCACUGUAGCUUUCCAAGGCACAAAUAAGCCGGUGAACUGGAGGAGGCCAGUGUACGAGUUGGACCCAUCAGAUCCAGAGAACAACGGCUUUAUCAACGAGGACUUCAUAGUGUGGAUGCGCACGGCUGCGUUGCCCACCUUUCGCAAGCUCUAUCGCAUCAUCCAGAAGAAACCCAACACGACCCCCACUCUUCCCAGUGGCAGAUACGUCUUAAACAUAACUUACAAUUACCCUGUGCUCAGCUUUGAUGGUCGCAAGCGGAUGAUCCUGAGCACCAUCUCCUGGAUGGGAGGGAAGAACCCCUUCCUCGGCAUUGCCUACAUCACUGUGGGCUCCAUCUGCUUCUUCCUGGGAGUGGUCCUGCUCAUCAUCCAUCACAAAUAUGACACCCGCAACAACAGUGCAGAUAUUCCAAACUAAACAUUUCCUGUAUCGUGUUUUCCUGCCUCUGCAUGCAUGGGUGACCCUAAAGGGUCCGUUCUGGACUGCUUGUCGAUUUUAGCGUGAUUACACUGGUCUACUUGUCUGUUGUUGUUUGUCUGAAACGUAUCAUCAAAGCUGUAUUUAUGUGUAGGCAAAAGACGGAUGCUAGAGUCUGUGUCUCUGUGCAUAUAGCUUCGAGUCAGCUGCUGAGAAUGUCAUUUCCUGUCCUCAAGAGAAAGUUUUUAUCUUCUAUUUAUCUACACAUUAUCAAAGUAUCUGUGUUUUUAUUUUAGCGAUGCUUUGCGAAUGGCUUAACUAUUGAAGGAAGUAUGUAUGUUUGAUGCAAGUUUUUGUCCAAAGUAUGUACUGUAAUAUGUCCUGCUGAUGAAUGUACCAUUAUAGUUAAUUGACAUACCUCUGGUUUUUUCAACAGCCUUGACUAUAGGAUGGAAUAAUCAUUGCUCGUUUGUCAAAAAUUUUGGUAAGCAUUGAUGUUUAAAGUGAGGUAUUUUGGGAGAGUCGUCGAAAACUCCUGACAAGUAAUACCAACAGUGUGGUUAUCUAUCUUCCACUGUGACUGGUUGUAUAAAGAGACCAGUCACAAGGCAUACUAUACUAUAUGCUCAUAAAUUAUGGAAAAAAUAUCCUACACCACUAUACCCAGUAUUGUUAAUUCAAAGGCUGAUUAGAGCACAACAAUUCUGUUACAGUUUGGCCUGUUUAAGUUAUCCUGUGUUCUUCAAUGUUAACCAAAUGAUAUGCACUUUAAAAGUGUCACAUUUGUUAUGUUGGAUUCCCCCCUUGGUUUCGCUUCAUCUUCUGGUCUGAAAUUGUUGAUUUAUUAUAUGUUUUAAAUUUUAAAUCGUUUGAAUUGGAAGUUUUUUAUAAGGUUUGUAGGGUCCAAUUAAACAACUUGGUAAAAUGCA